CACUCCGAAUAUUACCUACAUAGCUGUGACUUAACAAAGCUCAGUUUGUAAAGGAAUAAACAUUUCUUAAUAUACAAUGUUUGUAAAAAAUAAUAAUUUCAUUUGUUUUUUCACAAUAACUUUAUUAGGGUCAAGUGUUUAUUCAGAACUUGAAGCACCUAAACUUUUGGAUGUCACUGCGACGAAAGAAGGAGGGUUAUAUGUUGUGUGGGAAUCUAUUGACUAUAAUGUAUCUGAUCCAAUACUGGGAUACAAGAUUAAUAUUUGGGAGGUGAAAGAAAAAACGGAAAAAAUGUUUAAGCUGAUUAACGCUGAUCAAGCACCAGGUUUCGUAAAAGAACAUCGGUCCAGUAAGGAUUUCAGUAGAGAAAGCAUACCAGAAAAUAAACCUCGGAUAUUUAGAGCUGAUCCAGAUUCAACUACUUUGGAGAUAGAUUAUAUUAAACCUGAUGUUUUGAACGAGAUAAGAAUUCAAGCUUACAAACAAAAGGAAAACGGCGCGUACUCUGAACCUUGGAGGUUGAAAGUUUUCAAAGAGUUCGGACAUAACGCGAUCGGGCAAAGACAUAUGGACGAGUGUAUACUAACAGUCACCACCCAAACUCGGGCAAUGGGUGGACCUUUACCUCACAUAUACAAUAGUCACUUAUAGUAGACAAAACAUCAAAUAUUUUAUCCGUCUAAAUGUGUUGUGAUAUUUUUCUUUAUAAGCGAAGCUAAACAUUUUCGUUUUGGAUUACUUACAGUACUAAUUUUACUUGUUUAUUAAUGAUUUGUUAGAGAAGGAUUUAUUUAUGAAAAAGUGGUUUUAUGUGAUUUUCGUCGUUUCUUUUCUUUAGCCUUAUGGAAAAUAUGACAACGCAUGUAGUAUACCACAAUAGGGCCAAAAAUAAAAUAUUAUUAUUUUUG